CCUCCCUCCCUCCUUAUUACCCCACACCCUCACUUCACUUUCCCCUGCUUUUCCAAGCUUUAGAUUCCUAGGUGUUUAGGCUAGUCGUAUUUUUUCUUUAUUUCACACCCCAAAAAAAUCAGAGCACAUCCUGAAACUAGAAAACCGCCGAGUCCUGACAGUAUUCAGUGUGUGUGUGUUAGGUGUGUGUGUGUGUUGCGGAAAGUAUCGGGAGGAAGAACAGCACAGGGGCGAUGUGGAAAGGUUGCGCACUUACGGACAGGAUCCUGAAGUUGGGACGGAUGUGACGAGCCAUGAUGAGAGGAGGUUCAUAGCCUUGUGGAAUCGGAUGUACAGUGCUGAAUUUGGGCAGCAUAGCACUCUUCAAUCAUCAGACCUACACUGAAUCAUCUCUAUCCCCUAGGCUCUCUUACAGAAGAGGGCAGAGAGGCAACACUGUCCCAGUAACGUUGAUCAAGACACCAUGACGACUUCGUCCUUGCGCCGCUCUGUAAAAAACAUAGUAAACAACUACACAGAGGCGGAGAUCAAAGUGCGAGAGGCGACCUCGAAUGACCCAUGGGGUCCUUCCGGUUCACUCAUGAUGGAGAUCGCCGAGCUGACUUUCAAUGUGGUGGCCUUCGCCGAGGUUAUGGGUAUCAUCUGGAAGCGCAUGAAUGACCAUGGCAAGAACUGGCGUCACGUUUACAAGGCCCUGACGCUGUUGGAUUAUCUAGUGAAGACUGGCUCAGAGCGCGUGGCUCAGCAAUGCAAGGAGAACAUCCAUGCAAUCCAGACACUCCGGGACUUCCAGUACAUAGACCGUGAUGGCCAGGACCUGGGUGUGAAUGUGCGUGAGAAGGCCAAGCAGCUAGUUUCUUUGCUCCAAGACAAGGAGAAACUGAAGCAAGAGAGGAGCCAGGCUCAGACGACACGUGAACGCACAGCCCAUACCGGUAGUGUUAUGGCAUACAGCUCCAUGCCUCCACCCUACUCUGGAAGCCGUACCAGCCAACCCAGCAUGGCGGCCGUCUAUGGGGACACGUAUACCCGCUCUCGAGGCUCACCUUCCUCCUACAACUUGUCCACUCCACCCGCUAAUCUGGCCCCAGAGCUGGAGCAGGCACGGCCACAGACCAGUGGUGAGGAAGAGUUACAACUGCAGCUGGCGUUGGCCAUGAGCCGAGAGGAGAGCGAAAGGCCACAUCCUCCUGUGGAUAUCGAUGAACAGACACAACUCCAGAUUGCAAUGAGCCUCAGCAAGGAGGAGGCCCAAAAGAAGCCCCCUCCUGCUGCUUCUCUGGACAUGGACGAAGAGACACAGCUCCAGAUUGCUCUGAACCUCAGUAAGGAGGAACAUCAGCAGGAGGAGCGAAGUCGCCAGGGAGAUGAAUCGUUGCUCCAGAAAGCUCUUGAAGAGAGUAAACGAGAAAUGGAAGCCAAAGCAGGCGGGUCUGCCAUGUUGGAUCUCAUGGAUAUUUUUGCUCCGGCCUCUCAAGCGCCACCAAGUGACAAACCAUGGGAUUCGUCUGGAGCUGGAGGUCACACGCAGGCUGCGGGACCUUUGAGGGUUGACCCGUGGGAUUCUCUGGAGCCAAGCUCCUCAGCUCGAGGUCCUGGCAGCUCCUGGGCAGCACCUUCCAGUCUUCACUCUCAGCCCUGGGACCAUCAGUCACGUCCUCCUGACCCAUGGGAAGCUCCUCAGAACGCCACCAGUCCUGUUCCCUCAAGUCAGUCUUGGCUCCCAACUGCUGCCCCUGCCAAAGGAAUAGAUCCUUUCUCUCCUCUAACAGCAGACAAAAAAAGGUCUGCUGUCCCAGUCAAAGGCUCAUCACCACGACCUGGGAGCCCCACAGAUGGAGAUCUUUUUGAUGAUGCCAUGGAUGGAGGUCAGGUGCACGUGAAUGGCCGUAGUGAGGGAAGUCCAGAGUUAUUUGACCUAUCUCGUUUGGGAGAAAGUUUAGCAGAGCCAAUGCCUCGGACCUGUGGCACUCCGGAAGCGUUCCUGGGCGCCGCAGGGGCCUCGCUCGUCAAUCUCGACUCCUUGAUUCCGCCGAAUAACGCUCCUAAAAACUUAAACCCGUUUUUAACAGGUCUGAGUGCUCCUUCCGUCACAAAUCCAUUCCAAAGCGAGCAGCCACGUCUCACACUCAAUCAGAUGCGUCCUAGCUCCACGUCCGCUGCUCCCAACUCGCUGCAAUACAGCACCUCUCUGCCUCUGCCUGCGAGCAAUCAGCCUUUAUCCUUGCCUAGCUCCUUCACCCAGCCUUCAGAGGGACACCUUAACAUGCCUGGGAACCUGCCUCAACCACUGCUCCCCCUGUCAUCCACUUCCACACAAGGACAGCCAGAUCAGAGUCAGAACCCUUUCCUCUGAGACCUGGCUUGAGCAGAGCUUCAUGUGCCCUGAAUGUAAGCUUGCUGGCUUGAGUAACAAUGCUUAUAACAGAGUGAAGAAUUAACUGCAGACUUGGAUCUAAACUGGAAUAUAGUCCAAAUUAAUGACACCACUGUUUUAUACUUGCUAACUGUUUUCAGAGCUCUUUGCAAUUGCUACUUAUCCUCUUGUAUCCAUCUGAACUACAGAACCAAUGUGUCUUUAUAAUCAUAUAAGCAAAUAGCCCACAUUUCUUUCAUUUAUUUUUCUUUCUUUUUUUUUUUUUUUAAAUACUGGACCAUGACCUACUCUGUAAUGUACAGUAACUUUACAACUGUUUCACCAAGCUCUCUAGACAUGCUUUAGUAAUACUUCUUUAAGUAUUACAUACACCCUGGUGACUUCCUGUUCCAUUUUCCUGCUUCAUUAUUCAUUACAUAUGACUGAUAUUGAUGAGCAGAACAGCAUGGAAGCUAGCCAACAGCCCCAUCUGGAUAAUGAAGCUCAUUCAUUCGGUCAAGGAUGUCUAAUCAGUGUACCAGA